UGUAUCUAGAUGGCUAUAAUGCCAGGUGCAGUUCUUUGGCAACAUUUAUGGAAUACUAAUCCAUGUGGCGACAUGAUGACUGAGCAGUACGAUGGCAAUGAUGCCUUACACAAGUAGGGUAUAGGUAUAUAGGUACGUUGCGCGAGAUGUAUGAGAUGUAUGCACAUACGAAGCACGCCUUCUUCUACAUGAUAUCCGGGCCUUUGGUGCUUUGCUGCGUCAGAUGGACACGAUGCUUGAAAUCAACAACAGCGCCUUCCAAGGACAAGACCGGGCCAAAAGAGAUGGAGGGAAUUUCCAAUCAAGCUGGUUUCAAGGUUUGCGAUACGAGCUGCGUGGUGCUUGAUAUGAAAUCAGUUACCUGCAUGGACGACCCGGAUUCGAUCUUGGAGGGCGCUUUCAGCGCGCCCGAAAUCGAUGUUCAGGCGUGCGUGCUCAUUUUUACAGCGCGUGUGGACGAAUCAGGCCAGCAGCUCUCCGUAUUAUAG